CGACAAGGCCCGCUGAUAAGCGCGAUAAGUCUAUCGGUUCGUAAUCCUCAACUGCGGGGUUGAUAAUACAAUGAAUAACAGAACUCGAAAGAUAAUCAAUGGAUCAUCCUCCGCGUGAGGGGAAAGUUACAUUCUCCGUCGCAUUGAAGUUCAAAUACGAGGCCCCCUAAAGAAAGUGGUUUGUCCACUACUUUUACUACUUCACCGUAGAGAGUCCCAUCAACCCUUCACACGCCGAUAACACGAAAAUAUGGGACACAAAGGUAUUCGUACUGCUCUCAAAGUUGAUCUAGACAAGCCAGCUUGGGAACAGCCGGGUUUACAUAACCGCUGGCACCCCGACGUUCCCUCUUGUGGGAAAAUUGCAAACAAUGAGGUUGUUAAGAUCGAAUGUCUCGACUGGACUGGAGGCCAAAUCAAGAACAACGACUCUGCCGACGACGUCAAGAAUGUGGACUUGACCCAAAUCCACUAUCUAUCGGGCCCAUUUGACAUUGAAAAUGCCGAGCCCGGCGAUGUUCUCGUGGUGGAAAUUCAGGAUGUUCAACCUUUCCAAGAUCAGCCUUGGGGGUUUAGCGGCGUCUUCGAUCGGCGCAAUGGAGGAGGCUUUUUGGACGAGAUUUACCCCAAAGCAGCCAAAGCCAUCUGGGACUUUGAGGGCAUCUUCUGUUCCUCCCGUCACAUACCUCAUGUGCGUUUCGCUGGCCUUAUUCAUCCGGGUAUCUUAGGAUGUGCGCCCUCUGCAGAGGUUCUAGCAGAGUGGAACCGCCGUGAGGGCGAGCUUAUCGCAGCCAACACGACCGGGCGCGAUGUCGCGAAGCCUCCUGAGCCCAAGUGCGCUCACGCUGGUAGUGCGAAGGAAAGCCUCAAGGAACGCAUUGCACGAGAAGGGGCCCGAACUAUUCCUGGUCGUCCUGAGAAUGGAGGGAACUGUGACAUCAAAAACCUCUCCCGAGGCUCCAAAGUGUACCUUCCAGUUCAUGUCCCAGGCGCAAAAUUCUCCGUGGGAGACCUACACUUCUCUCAGGGUGACGGAGAGAUUUCGUUCUGUGGCGCCAUAGAAAUGGCCGGUGUCAUUACCAUCAAGUUCACCGUAAUAAAGGACGGAAUGGCCAAGUUGAGCAUGAAGUCUCCUAUCUUCCACCCCGGGCCAGUUGAGCCACAGUUUGGCCCUGGUCGGUAUCUUACCUUCGAAGGGUUCUCUGUUGAUGAGAAUGGGAAACAGCACUGCCUCGAUGCUACUGUCGCAUAUCGGCAGACUUGCCUCCGGGUGAUUGAGUACCUCCGUCGGUAUGGCUACAAUGACUACCAAAUCUACAUGCUACUUAGCUGUGCUCCCGUACAGGGCCAUAUUGCGGGCCUCGUGGAUAUCCCGAAUGCCUGCACCACAUUGGGGGUGCCAAUAGAUAUUUUUGAUUUUGACAUCCGGCCUGAGGCGGAAGUUGCUCAAUUGGAUAUGGGCACCUGUGCAUUUGCUAGUGACUAAUUUUAUUCCCUGUUGAUUUGAUGUACUGUUUGUUACCUGGACAGGAAUUGAUGAAUGUCUAAGAUUGCCUCCCUCCCAAUUCCAAUUUAUAUUCACUGCAACCAUCUGUGACUGAUAAU